AUGAAUCCUUAAAAGGUUAGAAAUGGUCCCAAUUUUAUGCAAUAAGUCAACAAGAAAAAACAUGUAGAUUGUGCUUUGAGUUCAAACUCUGAUUCCUCUGAUGAUGAAGUCGAAGAAAUUGUUGCCAUCAAAAAAGAUGUACAAAAAUAAAGAUUCUCAGUCUCGGCCGAAGCUUAUGGUCAAUUUAAUAAAAAGGAAAAUUUCAAAGCCAAAUUUAUUCCUAAAAGUAAAGAUCAAUCUGAACGAAUUAAAUAAAGAAUGCAGGCAGGAUUCAUGUUUAGUGCAUUAAAUGAAAAGGAAAUUGAAAUUGUGGUUGGAGCAAUGGAAGAGAAGAUAUUUCACAAAUCAGAAUAUGUAAUCAAGUAAGGAGAGGAAGGAAAUGUACUCUUUGUUGUUGAUACUGGAGAAUUAGAUUGCUUUAAGAAUUAUGGCAAGGGAGAUGUCUUCCUUAAAACAUACUAUCCAGGAGAGAGCUUUGGUGAACUCGCAUUGUUAUUUCAAUCUCCAAGAGCUGCAUCCAUCAUUGUAAAAAGUGAUAAAGCUAUUCUUUGGCAAUUAGAUAGAGAAACAUUUAAUCUUAUUGUAAAAGAAGCAUCUAUCAAAAAGAGAUAAUAAUUCGAAACCUUUCUUGAAAAUUGGGAUUUGCUAAAAGAAAUUAAGGAUCCUUAUGAUAAAUUGAAAAUGAGUGACGCAUUAUUUGAAAAAUAAUUCAAAAAAGGAGACGUCAUUCUACAAUAAGGAUAAAAAAGCACUGAAAUAUUUAUAUUAGAAUAAGGAAGAGUGAGUGUGAAUAAAAAUAAUUAAAAAUUGUUUGAAUUGAUUAAACUAGGUGAUUAUUUUGGAGAUUAAAGUAUUGUAGCUGGCACAGUUGAAUCCUUUUCUUAUGUGGCAGAAGAAGACAUGAAAUUAAUGUACAUACCUAAGAAAAGUUACUCAUCCACUCUCAAAGAAAUUGAAGCCACUUUAAUGAAAAACAUUCAAACUAAAUAUGGAAAAUAUUUAUGAUAUUAUAUAUGAAUAUUCAAAAAAUUUUGGUUUAUUCUUU